GCGCAGCUGUACGUCUUGCAGGAGAACGUGCAGAAAGCUUCGUUGCAAGUGUCCUGGCAAUCACAGGGCGACGCCCACCUUUUUGCCGGCACAAUCGACCUUGCGGCGCUGCAGGGGCUGACGCCCUUGACGCUGGAGGAGCCAGGCACAUCCUCGCUUGGCGAACUUGGAGUCUGUGCUCAUGUCCUGCGACUGGAGGCUGCAGCAGCAUUGUCGGCCCUGGCACUCAGCCCGGAUGUAGCGGAUCGCUACCAAGACCUCCACGGCUCUGUUCUUGCCUGCCUACAGGCAUUGCAGGAGCUGACAGAGGAGUGCUCGGAGGAGCAGGAGCAGGAUGCUCUCUUCUUGGAAGGCAUGCUGCAGGCGCUUGAGCGUGACUUGGGUGAUGCCAUUGCAGAGCCUGGAUCGACCGCGCAACGGAAGGGUGUGUUGCUGGCAUUCGCGGCGGAGCACUUUGGCAUGCGAUCAGCCUCCUCACUGUCGCGAGUACGCACAGCUUAUGCUUCGCGCCAGCAGAUCCAGACACGGCUGCGCUUCCUGCAAUCAGCUUGCGGCGCUCAGACGACUGCCAAGGUGUCCUGUCCGGUGCAAGAGGAAGGUCUGACUGCAGAUGAAAUAGCCUGCCGCAACAAUGUGGAAGAGCAAGUUUGCUAUGCGAUGCUAAGCAACUGGCGCGAAUGCAUCCUGGGCGUCGGGCUCUACGUUCACCCCAGGACCUGCAGGGAACGGCGCGCCCGCAUUCCUCCAGAGGUAGACCUCGUCCUGGACUACGUUUCUGCGGAGGCAUAUAACCUGGGAGUGCGCAGUUCCGUGGAGCAAGGAGGCGACUGGGAUGCAGAGGAGGCACAGGAACCGGUGGAGGUGCUCAGGUCUACAGUGAAGCGACGUAUCAAUGCGUGGCUCCCCUUGUACAUCAACGCAACCAACUGGGCUGUUUCCAGGACCUUUGCUCCUUCAGCAUUCUCGCUCAUAGCAACGCAGCUCAACACAUCCUUUCAGGCCGGCGAUGCUUUGAAAGUGUGCGCGCGGCUCAUGUGUUGCGCCGUGGUCGGCUUCGUCCGUUCCCCGGACACCUGGGAGCGUGCCAAGGCCUCCGAGCGAUCGGUUCAGAUGUACUGCGACAUUCAUCGGCUGCUGUUGCAGAUGGCGAAGGACUACCCAGCCAUCCUGGAGCUGGCCCAGGAACAGGUCACUGGCUUCAUAGAAAAGCCCGAGAUGCGAACACGUAAAGGAACUUCUGACCUGGGCCUGCUGAUUGCCUACUUGAGCCUGGUCGAUGGCGUCAGCUGGUCUGACAUGUGGCAUGUCUUCGUUCCAGAGAUGGUUCGGCGAGCGUUUGCCAGGAUGCCAGAGGCCUUCCAGCCAGAGCAGUGCGACUCCCUGCAGGCUCUCGUGGAGCGGUUUGACCGUUUGGAGCCUGAGCACGGCCGAGUGAUUGCUUUCUUCCUUGCCUUCACCUCCAUCGUCUCAAAACCCUCGUCGUCAUCGCCAACACGAAAAGCAGAGCUGCUGGGCUGGAGCCGCACUCAUGCCUACGAGCAGUGCCAAGAAACAUGCUCUUCCCAGCAAUCCUUUGCGGACGUAUGCAGGAUGUACGACCGUCGGUGGGGUCAACUGGGGCCUGAGCGCCGCAGUGAGGUCUUGACGGAUGUCGCCAGAAUCUGCCGCUGCAAAUCCGUGAAGGAUGUCAUGGCUGAGUUGAUGCCAUCAGUGCCCAGCGAUGAAGACCUGGGCGAGCUCUUGCUUUGGGCAAACAAGAACGGUCACAACCCGAAGGCGAUUCCCCACAUUCCGCAGUUUCCAAUGAAGGAGCAUCCGCUGCUGCACAACUGGCAGAGAGCGGUGAAGUAUCGCCAGCAGAUUUGCGCCGAGGCCGUUACGAGCUGCACAUGUGAAUUGCUGAAUGCAGCUUUCAUAUUGAUGAAGAUGGAUGCUCAGAUUCUGGCGAACUGUUUGCGCGUUACAAUUCGACUCUUUGGGAAGAUGGCGGGUGCCGACUUUACGGAGAUGGCCGGGAAGGCGCUGAAGGAUGGCAUGCGCCUGGCCCGCGAGAGGGGCCACUUGCAGCUGGAUCCUGCACACAUCUUCUCCGUUCUCGUGAAGGACAAGGGCACCCUGCCCGCGCAGGUGCUCUCGCGCCUGAAUGGUGACAGCCAAGAGGUGGUCAAAGGCAGCGAGCGGCUGCUGAGCAGCUUCAGCUCUCAAAGCCCCGCGCCGGAAGACAUUGCCCCAAACAAUGCCAUGCGCGGCGCCCUUGCUGAAGCAGAACGCCUCAGAACGGCCAGUGGCGACAGCUAUCUCAGUCUGCCGGACCUCUUCCUUGCGCUGCUAAAGCAGAAGUCACUGAAGGAAGUUCUUUCUGCAGCCGGCUACAGCAUCUCGGCAGUGGAGAAAGCCAUUCAAGAAGUUCGUGGAUCCAAGAAGGUGGACAGCCAGACCGCUGAUGAGAAUUUCGAGGCACUUUCAAAAUACGGAAGGGACCUUGUGGCUGACGCUGAGAACGGUAAGCUCGACCCUGUCAUCGGUCGCGAUGAGGAGAUUCGACGAGUCGUGCAAGUCCUGGCCAGGCGCACGAAGAACAACCCCAUUUUGGUAGGAGACCCAGGUGUUGGUAAGACGGCCAUUGCCGAGGGCUUGGCUCAGCGUGUGGUGGUUGGGGAUGUGCCUGAGGCACUGAAGGGUUGCCGCAUUGUUGCCCUUGACGUCGGUGCGCUCAUCAGCGGUGCGAAGUACCGCGGUGAGUUUGAGGAGCGGCUCAAAGCGGUUCUACAGGAAGUGAAGGAUGCAGCGGGACGGGUGGUCCUCUUCAUCGAUGAGGCCCACCUCCUGAUUGGUGCUGGGAAGACGGAUGGCGCCAUGGACGCUGCCAACCUCCUGAAGCCAAUGCUUGCGCGCGGUGAGCUGCGGUGCAUCGGGGCCACAACAGUGGAUGAGUACAGGAAGUACAUCGAGAAGGAUGCCGCCUUGGAACGGCGAUUUCAGCAGGUCCACGUCGAAGAGCCUUCGGUCCAGACAGCAAUCACAAUCCUUCGAGGCCUCAAGGACCGGUAUGCCACCCAUCAUGGCGUUAGCAUCCAGGACGCUUCGCUCGUUGCUGCUGCAACGCUGUCCAGCCGUUACAUCACCUCCCGUUUCUUGCCAGAUAAAGCUGUGGAUCUUCUGGAUGAGGCCUGCUCAAAGAUCCGUGUGCAGCUGAGCUCUCAACCGGAGGCGAUCGACACCCUGGAGCGACGCCGGCAGUACCUAGAAGUGGAGGUCAAAGCGCUCAGCAAGGAGAAAGAUCACGUCUCCAAGACAAGGCUGGCAGAGGCCCAGAAGGAGCUCUCUGCUGUUUGUGAGCAGCUCGCGCCGCUGCGCGCCAAAUACCAACAGGAGCGGGAGAUGAUUGACGACUUGCGCGCUGCUAAACAGAAGCUCCAGGACUUGAAGCGGAAGCUGGAGGUCAUGGAGGCACGCCACGACGUUGAUGCUGCUGCAGACCUCCGCUACGAUGCCAUUCCAGGCGUGCUACAUCGUAUUCGCGAGCUUGAGGCCAAGAAGAAGGAGCAAGAGGACGCUAGCGAAAGCCCGCUUCUUGUGGAGACAGUGACGCCGGCCCACAUUGCAGAGGUGGUCUCCCGAUGGACCGGCAUUCCAGUGUCCAAGCUUUCGCAAGGUGAGAAGACCAAGCUUCUACAUCUUGAGUCGGAGCUCAGGAAGCGAGUCAUCGGACAGGAGGAGGCAGCGUCAGCAGUUGCGCGAGCUGUGCUCCGCAGCGCGGCCGGCCUCGCGCGCCGGAACCAGCCAACUGGCUCCUUCCUCUUCGCUGGGCCCACGGGGGUUGGAAAGACCGAGCUGGCGGGCUGGGGCUGCCAGGGCUUCGUGGGAGUUGGGGCUAAAGCGCUUGCUGCGGAGCUCUUCGACAGCGAGUCGCGGAUCAUCAGGUUUGACAUGUCGGAGUACAUGGAGCAGCAUGCAGUUUCGCGGCUGAUCGGGGCGCCUCCAGGCUAUGUGGGCCACGAGGCAGGUGGCCAGCUCACGGAGGCUUUGCGGCGGCAUCCCUACAGCGUGGUCCUCUUUGACGAGAUGGAGAAGGCGCAUCCGCAAGUCCUCAACGUCUUGCUGCAGCUGCUGGACGACGGCCGGAUCACUGACAGCCAGGGGAGGACGGUUGACUGCACGAACUGUGUGGUUAUCAUGACUAGCAACCUGGGCUCCGAACAUUUGAUGGCCCUGGAAACACGGCACGGACCUGUGCUGGAAAAAGCACGUUCCAUGGUUCUACAAACGAUCCGUCGGUCCCUGAGGCCGGAGCUGUUGAACCGCUUAGACGACGUUGUUGUCUUCAGCCCUCUCAGCGGCGAAGUCCUUCGGCAGGUUGUGCGGCUUCAGCUUGCAGACGUGGUUCGAAGACUGGAUGAGCUGGAGGUCACCAUGCACAUUACGGAUGAAGCCGUAGAUCAGGUGCUCAAGGCGGCCCAUGAUCCGGAAAUGGGCGCUCGGCCGUUGAAGCGCUUCCUAGAGCGACACCUGGUCUCUCGUCUCAGCACGCUGGUUCUAGAAGACAAGCUGCCAGCUGGAAGCACCGUCACCAUCGACUGGAAGGAGACCGGUGGCCAAGGCCGAGGUGAUUGGGACUUUGACGUGGCGAGUCUGAAGAGGCAGCGCACCGAGCACGGAUACACGAAGGUUGAUGGUGCCCUUGCCAGUGGCCGACCCAAAGACGAGUGCCUGCAGCUGCUGCUGGACCUGUCGAAACAACCUCAGCCGCGAGAAGAGAAGCCUGCCACCAUGCAUCGCUUCGCCACACGCGAGGAGGCCUCUGCCGCUGCAGCAGCAGCUCGUCGUGCAGCAGAGCAGCCCAAAGGCAAAGGCGCCGGAAAGGGCAUCAAGAGCAAGGCACCUGCAGAAGUUCCGGCAACGGCCGACUGCCUUGUGACCAAGAAGAAGGGCCUCUCCGAAGAUCCGUUCGACCUGCAGCUGCGCUUGUCUGGUGCUGUGGCUGCUGCAGAGGAUCACGUCGACAUGAUGAUCUCUGUGCAAUACUUCCAGGACGAGAAACCCACACUGGUUGCUGACUUCCGAGCCGCCAUCGCUAAGGAGACAGGCAUGUAUCCAGAGCAGCUGCGCCUGAUUCUGCGUGGAGCAAAGCACUGCGACUUUACCAAACGCGGUGUCACCAACUUCACCCUGCACGACGACGAGCCGCUGAUGGACUGGCACCUAAACGAUAGUGAGGUGGUGGUGGAGGUGAAGAAGAAGCAGCGUGCCGGAAAGAACCUCCAUCAUCCUGGGAACGGCUGGUUCAAGAAGAAGCAAGGCCGAACGUGUACGAUGAACAUCGCAGGGGCCAUUGUGAAGCAGAUGAUUUUCUCGAAAGUAGAUCAGUACAGUGUGACAGUGGAGGAGUCCCGGAUUUUCUCCCUCAUCACUGAGCUCUGCGAGCACUAUCAGUCCGAUGCAGCGCUCCUGGCUGCGGCUGACAUGGACGCGCUGCCAGCAGCGGCAGAAUCUCGCGGCUUCAACGUUGAGGUUGAUGAGGCCCUGGGUGUCACCAAGAUGGUCCUAGCACAGCGUCGCGUCACCCUGUUGUCCGAGCGGGAUGAUCCAGAUUUCAACAAGGACCUGCUGCAGGGAGAACCAGAUCCUGACCUGGACAAGAUACCAGCGGUGGUGAACGUGCCAGAAGAGGCAAAAGGAAGCAAGCUGAUCUUCGUGCUUGGUGGCGAUGUCUUGCGUGAGACGGCAUCGCUUGCCAAGGCUCAUAGAACUUCCCUGG